AGUGAGCUAACGAAGCAAUGUUAGCUCGACGGGAUAAAUCCCGACAGAAAUAUGACUUAAAGUUUGCGUUAAAUAUGUAAUUGAUGUCUCAGACUCUGUCCUGGAACGUUUUAGGCAAACUAUUACGUUUACCUACUUAUUGAGAACAGCUGGGAUUAUUCGUUUGCAGUUCAUAAUGUAAUUAACAAUCAUUUACAGACGGGACUAUUAGCAUCCGUGGAGCUAACGCAGCUAACAGCUACGAGUUAGUGUUUCCGAGGUUAAAGCUUUUAAAAGAUCAUGGUUUAGAGCUACAAGACGAAUCCGCACGGGUUUGUGAGACUAUGUGGAGAAGACCACGUCCUCUGUGGACACCUCCUUUGACCAUGUUGUCCAGCUGAGGACCGAGAGACUAGGGACAAAGUGGACCCAGAAGUGUUGACCAAGUUUCAGAAACCUGGAUGUACUACAACAUGUGAAAGUUGUAAACAAGGAUUGUGAAAAGGGGGAAUCAAAGGGGGAGCCAGGAUGUCCGAGACGAUGAAGGUCGAAGCUGAUGAACCUGGAGGGUUCAGCUUGGAUCCUCCCAUACCUGCAGCAUCCGCAUCAGAACACAAGGAGGAAACACAAGACAGCAAAGAUCUCAUCUAUCAGAUAUUGGUGAUUAAAGAAGAGGUUCCUCAUGACUGGAGCUCCUGUUUGGACCAGCAUGGCCCAGAGCCCCCCCACAUAAAGAAGGAAGAGGAGGAACAGUGGAUCAGUCAGGAGGAAGAACAGUUUGCUGUGAAGGAUGAAGAAGAAGAGAAACCUAAGUUAUCACAGCCUAAGCAAAUUAAAACUGAAGAUAACAGGCAGAUAGUAGCUCCAACCAGCAGCUCAGCUGGACAGAUAAAAACAGAACCUGAUGGAGAGGUCAGAGGAGGACCAGAACCAGAUAAUAACUUAGAACCUUUAUGUUCUUCUCAAGAAAGUCACACAAUAGUUUACAACAUAGGUGAGACAUCUAAUCCACUUUCCAAACUCACAUCUAAGAUAGAAGCACAUACUGAAGAGAGGCCAUUUGGUUGCAAAAUUUGUGGAAAAUGGUUCAAAUGUCAAACUUCUACUGAAAUACACAUGUUGACACACAAUGGGAAGAGAGAACAUAGCUGUGACCUUUGUGGUAAAGUAUUUAAAAAGAAGAGUUCUCUUCAGACACACAUGAGAGUCCACACUGGUGAGAGACCAUUUGCCUGUGCUGAUUGUGGUAGAAGGUUUCAUAGAAAGGCGAUUCUUAAAAGUCACUUGGAGGUCCAUUCAGGGGAAAAGUCUUUUUCCUGUGAUGUUUGUGGUUCAGGGUUUAAAAGAAAAGAAACCCUUAAAAAGCACAUGUGGAUCCACUCUGCAGAGAAACCAUUUGUUUGUAGUGUUUGCAGUAAAGGAUUUUCACGACAAAAUCAUCUCAAAAGUCACAUGUGUGUUCACACAGGGGAGAAACCGUUUAUUUGCAGUGUUUGUAGUACAGGAUUUGCAUUACAGCAGAGUCUAAAGACUCACAUGCUUGUUCACACAGGUGAGAAACCCUUUAUUUGCAGUCUUUGUAGCAAAGCAUUUUCCCUACAGAGUCAUCUAAAAAGUCACAUGCGCGUUCACACAGGAGAGAAACCGUUUGUUUGUAGUGUUUGCAAUAAAGGAUUUUCACUGCAAGAGAAUCUGAAGAGACACAUGCGUGUUCACACUGGGGAGAAACCAUUCAUUUGUAGUUUUUGUUGCAAAGGAUUCUCACAACAAAACCAUCUAGAAAGUCACAUGCGUGUUCACACAGGGGAUAAACCAUUUAUUUGUAGUGUUUGCAGUCAAGGAUUUUCACGACAAGCUUAUCUGAAAAAUCACAUGGAUGUUCACACUCCACAAGUUGAGGUAAGUUGACCUGUUACAGAUAAAAUACAGUUAAAUACCUUAUCUGACCACUAUGCACUUUUCAAUGUUUUGUAUAUUGUUGACUGAGAUUUUGAUGUAGCUAAAUUCUUGCCUGAGGUCCACACUGGGAGGAGGCAGCAUAACCAGAGGAACAGAGUUUGGCUGUUUCCUUGGACGUUUACUGGCUUUCUGCUACAACAUAGGUAGACUUAAGGGGGUUUAUGAACCACAAGCUUCCACAGAGUGGGAUUUUUGUCCUUUGUUUAGUUAUAAGGAUUUAAUGAAGUGCUUGUAAACAAACUUAUGUAAGCUGUUGGCCGGAAAGUUAAAGGGUGGCUAUUAUGUAUUUCUCAGGCACAUUGUGCCAUUUUAUAGCACAAUAAAUUAACUGUUACCUUAAGUUAUUAUAAAAAUGUUGUAUAUGUCAAAAAAUAUGAACUCUCCUACCCACAUACAUCUCACUGUAGUAGAAACAUAUAUUUAUGUUUUUCAUUAUUGGCAGGGUUGCCCAACUCUAGUCCUUGAUAGCUAUCAUCCUGCAACUUUUAGAUGUCUCCCUUCUCCAAUACUCCAGAAUCAAAUUGUUCAUCAGCAUCUUUCAGCUUUGCAAAGGCCUGGUUACGAGCCAUUCAUUGGAUUCAGGUGUGUAGAAGCAGGGACACAUCUAAAAGUUAAAGGAUAGGAAAUCUCAGGUUCUGACUUUGGACACCCCUGAUUUGUGGUGAUUAGGAGUGUUUACCAUGGAGUAUCUGACUAAAGAUGAACCUCAGAAAUUUGAUGACAACUAUAUUUCUGGCAUUUUUGUUAAAGUGGAUUUAGGAGAAAAUAUUCCUUAAUGAUCGGUUUGAGUAAUCCAGAUAGAAAUGUAUGUUUAUUUAAUGAAUUUUCAUGUAUGGUCUUGUGUAACACUUCAAAGUCUAUGAUCAGAGCAUGUGACAUUUUUAAAGCUUGUGACAAAAAAGAAAAUAUGAAGUCAAUUCGAGAAAUACUAUCUAUUUAGCUUUUAUCCCCCUGCUUAUCCGUGCAGGGUUCUGGGGAACUGAUGCCUACUUACCUCAAUCAUUGGGUGAGAAGCAAGGUAUACAGGUCAUCAGUCCAUUACAGGGUAACAGAAAUACACACAGGACAAACAACCACGCACACACACCUAUGGACAAUUUAGAGAGACCAGUUGACCCAGCAGUCAUGUUUUUGGCUGUGGGAUGAAGCCGGAGUACCUGGAGAGAACCCAAGCAUCUACAGGGAAUACAUGCAAACUCCAUCUAGGAAGAGUUUUCAUGUAUUCUAUAGAUAACAGAUUUGAGCCAGUUUGAUGCAAGGCAACAGUGCAACUAAUAUCAACAUAAGUUUCUUUCAAAAGGUAUAGAUUUUUAACUCUUAGUGUUUGUUUGAUGUAAAUAAACCACAUAAAAUCACAUGUGAUUAUAAAAGAGGUAAAAAGAGGUAUGUCAUUCAUUUUAAUAUGCAAGUUGCGCCAAAUUCACAAAACCAGAAGUUGGUGGCAACAUUUUAAUCUUACCUUCAUAUGUUUACAUUUGAGUCCGUUUUUAUUUUCAGAUUCUGGUUCUAUAAAGUUCACUGCAUGUUUCUAAAUUUUAUUGUACCGUAUUUUCCGGACUAUAGAGCGCACCUCACUAUAAGCUGCACCCAUAAAGUUGUUUUUUUAUGAAACAGGAAACUUGCAUAUAUAAGCCACACCGGGCUAUAUGCCGCGUGGUUCAAAGCGUGGGAAAAAAGUAGCGGCUUAUAGUCCGAAAAAUACGGUAAUUGUUUUUUUUAACUUUUGCAUUGGAUAUUUUUUUGUUUUCUGGGGAAAUAUUUUUGCCAAAAUUGGUUAGGUUAAAAUAAUAGAUCACUUAGGUGAAGUUGGGCUGAAGAAAGUGAUGCCAAAGAUGUUAGCACACUGAACAAAAUAAAAAAGAUUUUUUGGAGGGGA